AUGAGUGACAAGCCUCUGUCUCUCUCCGCAGACAGCAAAGCCGUCGUGGAUGGGAACCUGAAGCUCAUCCUGGGCCUGGUGUGGACGCUGAUCCUCCACUACUCCAUCUCCAUGCCGGUGUGGGAGGAUGAGGGCGACGAUGAUGCCAAGAAGCAGACGCCCAAGCAGAGACUGCUGGGAUGGAUCCAGAACAAGAUCCCCUACUUGCCCAUCACCAACUUCAACCAGAACUGGCAAGAUGGCAAAGCCCUGGGAGCCCUGGUAGACAGCUGUGCUCCAGGUCUAUGCCCAGACUGGGAAUCCUGGGACCCGCGGAAGCCUGUGGAUAAUGCUCGGGAAGCCAUGCAGCAGGCGGACGACUGGCUGGGGGUCCCACAGGUCAUCACUCCCGAAGAAAUCAUUCACCCAGAUGUGGAUGAGCACUCGGUGAUGACGUACCUGUCCCAGUUUCCCAAGGCCAAGCUCAAGCCAGGGGCUCCUCUGAAACCCAAACUCAACCCCAAAAAAGCCAGAGCCUACGGCAGAGGAAUCGAGUCCACCGGAAACAUGGUGAAGCAGCCAGCCAAGUUCACCGUGGACACCAUCAGUGCCGGGCAAGGAGAGGUGAUGGUGUUUGUCGAGGACCCAGAAGGGAACAAAGAAGAGGCACGAGUGACCCCAGAUAGUGACAAGAACAAGACGUAUUCUGUGGAGUAUUUGCCCAAGGUCACCGGGCUGCACAAGGUCACAGUCCUCUUUGCAGGACAGCACAUCUCCAAGAGCCCAUUUGAAGUGAAUGUGGACAAGGCCCAGGGAGAUGCUAGCAAGGUCACUGCGAAAGGGCCAGGCUUGGAGAUGGCAGGGAACAUCGCCAACAAGCCCACUUACUUCGACAUCUACACAGCAGGCGCCGGCGUGGGCGACAUUGGUAUUGAGGUGGAGGACCCCCAGGGGAAGAACACCGUGGAGCUGCUUGUGGAAGACAAAGGGAACCAGGUGUACCGCUGCGUGUACAAACCCGUGCAGCCCGGACCCCACGUGGUCAAGGUCUCCUUUGCCGGCGACACUAUUCCCAAGAGCCCCUUCCUUGUGCAGGUCGGAGAAGCCUGCAGUCCAAACGCCUGCCGGGCCAGUGGCCGAGGCCUGCAGCCCAAAGGCGUCCGCAUCCGAGAGACUGCCGACUUCAAGGUUGACACCAAAGCUGCCGGAAGUGGGGAGCUCAGCGUAACCGUGAAAGGUCCUAAAGGUCUGGAGGCACUGGUGAAACAAAAAGGCUUUCUGGAUGGGGUCUACGCCUUCGAGUAUUACCCCAGCACCCCUGGGAAAUACAGCAUCGCCAUCACAUGGGGGGGUCACCACAUUCCAAAGAGCCCCUUUGAAGUCCAAGUUGGCCCUGAAGCAGGCAUGCAGAAAGUCCGGGCAUGGGGCCCUGGACUGCACGGUGGGCUUGUCGGGCGGUCUGCGGACUUCGUGGUGGAAUCCAUUGGCUCUGAAGUGGGGUCUCUAGGGUUUGCCAUCGAAGGCCCCUCUCAGGCGAAGAUUGAGUAUGAUGACCAGAACGACGGGUCGUGUGAUGUCAAGUACUGGCCCAAGGAGCCUGGCGAGUAUGCGGUUCACAUCAUGUGCGAUGACGAAGACAUCAAGGACAGCCCAUACAUGGCCUUCAUCCACCCAGCCUCGGGGGACUACAACCCAGACCUGGUUCAAGCAUAUGGGCCGGGAUUGGAGAAGUCUGGGUGCAUCGUCAACAACCUGGCUGAGUUCACCGUGGAUCCCAAAGAUGCUGGGAAAGCGCCCUUGAAGAUAUUUGCUCAGGAUGGGGAAGGCCAGCCCAUUGACAUCCAGAUGAAGAGCCGGAUGGACGGGACGUUUGCCUGCGCGUACACCCCACUGAAGGCCAUCAAGCACACCAUCGCGGUGGUAUGGGGAGGCGUGAACAUACCACACAGCCCCUACAGGGUCAACAUUGGCCAAGGCAGCCAUCCCCAGAAGGUCAACGUGUUUGGGCCAGGGGUGGAGAGAAGUGGCCUGAAGGCGAAUGAGCCUACUCAUUUCACAGUAGACUGCACCGAGGCCGGCGAAGGUGAUGUCAGCGUUGGCAUUAAGUGUGAUGCUCGGGUGUUAAGUGAAGAUGAGCAAGACGUGGAUUUUGACAUUAUUCACAAUGCCAAUGACACCUUCACAGUUAAAUACGUGCCUCCCGCCGCCGGGCGGUACACUAUCAAAGUUCUCUUUGCAUCUCAGGAAAUCCCCGCCAGCCCUUUCCGAGUCAAAGUUGACCCUUCCCACGAUGCCAGCAACGUGAGGGCAGAAGGCCCCGGGCUCAGCAAGGCAGGUGUGGAAAACGGAAAGCCAACCCACUUCACGGUCUACACCAAAGGGGCCGGGAAAGCCCCGCUCAACGUGCAGUUCAGCAGCCCCCUUCCCGGCGACGCGGUGAAGGACUUGGAUAUCAUCGACAAUUACGACUACUCCCACACCGUGAAGUACACGCCCACCCAGCAGGGCAGCAUGCAGGUUCUGGUGACGUACGGCGGGGACCCCAUCCCUAAGAGCCCUUUCACCGUGGGCAUUGCUGCUCCGCUGGAUCUGAGCAAGAUAAAAAUUCAUGGGCUGGAAAACAGAGUGGAAGUUGGGAAGGACCAGGAGUUCGCCGUUGACACCAAGGGAGCUGGAGGCCAGGGGAAACUGGACGUGACCAUCCUUAGUCCCUCUCGGAAGGUCGUGCCAUGCCUGGUGGCGCCUGUGGCCGGCCGGGAGAGCAGCACAGCCAAGUUCAUCCCUCGGGAGGAGGGGCUCUAUGCCGUCGACGUGACCUACGAUGGACACCCCGUGCCCGGGAGCCCUUACACAGUGGACGCCUCCCUGCCGCCAGACCCCAGCAAGGUGAAGGCCCAUGGGCCUGGCCUCCAAGGCGGCCUUGUGGGCAAGCCUGCCGAGUUCACCAUCGACACCAAAGGAGCCGGCACGGGUGGUUUGGGCCUCACGGUGGAGGGCCCGUGCGAGGCCAAGAUCGAGUGCUCCGACAACGGCGACGGGACCUGCUCGGUCUCCUACCUGCCCACCAAGCCCGGGGAGUACUUUGUCAACAUCCUCUUCGAAGACGUUCACAUUCCUGGCUCUCCCUUCAAAGCCGACAUCGAGAUGCCCUUCGACCCCUCCAAGGUGGUGGUGUCCGGCCCGGGUCUGGAGCCUGGAAAAGUGGGUGAAGCCGGGCUGCUUAGCGUCGACUGUUCGGAAGCAGGGCCUGGGGCCCUGGGCCUGGAGGCCGUCUCGGACGCGGGAGCGAGAGCAGAAGUCAGUAUUCAGAACAACAAAGACGGCACCUACGCAGUGACCUACGUGCCCCUGACCGCCGGCAUGUACACGCUGACCAUGAAGUACGGCGGGGAGCCCGUCCCGCGCUUCCCUGCCCGGGUCAAGGUCGAGCCUGCCAUCGACACCAGCAGGGUCAAGGUCUUUGGGCCAGGGAUAGAAGGGAAAGAUGUGUUUCGAGAAGCCACCACCGACUUCACAGUGGACUCGCGGACCCUGACCCAGGUCGGAGGGGACCACAUCAAGGCCCACAUUGCCAACCCCUCAGGGGCUGCCACCGAGUGCUUCGUCACAGACAAUGCUGACGGGACCUACCAGGUGGAGUACACGCCCUUUGAGAAAGGCCUGCACAUCGUGGAGGUGACGUACGACGAUGUGCCCAUCCCAAACAGUCCCUUCAAAGUGGCUGUAACCGAGGGCUGCCAGCCAUCCCGGGUUGAAGCCCGAGGACCUGGAUUGAAAGAGGCCUUUACCCACAAGCCCAACGUCUUCACUGUGGUCACCAGAGGAGCAGGCAUUGGUGGGCUUGGCAUAACUGUGGAGGGACCGUCAGAGUCGAAGAUAAACUGCAGGGACAACAAAGACGGCAGCUGCAGUGCGGAGUACAUCCCCUUUGCUGCGGGCGAUUACGACGUUAAUAUCACAUACGGAGGAGCCCACAUCCCUGGCAGCCCCUUCAGAGUGCCUGUGAAGGACGUCGUGGACCCCAGCAAGGUCAAGAUUGCCGAUCCCGGGAUGGGCUCCGGUGUCCGAGCCCACAUCCAGCAGUCCUUCACGGUGGACACCAGCAAAGCCGGCCUGGCCCCGCUGGAAGUGCGGGUGAUGGGCCCACGAGCUGAUGAGACGGAUUCCCAGUCCAGGAGCAGCCCCUUGAAAACCAUUUCCGAGUUCUUUCAAGGUGACCCGAAGGGUGACUUUACGGAGACAGGCCUGGUGGAACCAGUGACUGUGAUGGACAAUGGCGACGGCACACAUACAGUGACCUACACCCCAUCCCAGGAAGGACCUUACAUGAUCUCUGUCAAGUAUGCUGAUGAAGAAAUCCCACGCAGUCCCUUUAAGGUCAAGGUCCUUCCCACAUAUGAUGCCAGCAAAGUGACGGCCAGCGGGCCCGGCCUCAGUUCUUAUGGUGUGCCUGCCAGUCUGCCCGUGGAGUUCGCCAUCGAUGCCAGAAACGCCGGGGAAGGCCUGCUUGCUGUGCAGAUCGCGGACCAAGAGGGGAAACCCAAGCGAGCCGUUGUCCAGGACAACAAAGAUGGCACGUAUGCCGUCACCUACAUCCCCGACAAGACCGGGCGCUAUUCCAUCGGGGUCACCUACGGCGGGGACGACAUCCCGCUCUCUCCGUACCGCAUCCGGGCCACGCAGACAGGCGAUGCCAGCAAGUGCCUGGCCACUGGCCCUGGAAUCGCCUCCGUCGUGAAAACGGGUGAGGAAGUGGGGUUUGUGGUCGACGCCAAGACUGCCGGGAAGGGGAAAGUGACCUGCACGGUUCUGACUCCGGACGGCACUGAGGCGGAGGCCGAGGUCAUUGAGAACAAGGAUGGCACCUACGACAUCUUCUACACCGCUGCCAAGCCGGGCACCUACGUGAUCUACGUGCGCUUUGGUGGCGUGGAUAUUCCCAACAGCCCCUUCACCGUCAUGGCCACAGACGGGGAAGUCACGGCCGUGGAGGAGGCACCGGUGGUAAAUGCAUGUCCCCCUGGAUUCAGGCCCUGGGUAACUGAAGAGGCCUAUGUCCCUGUGAGUGACAUGAACGGCCUGGGAUUUAAGCCUUUCGACUUGGUCAUCCCGUUCGCAGUCCGGAAAGGAGAAAUCACUGGGGAGGUCCACAUGCCUUCCGGGAAGACGGCCACCCCCGAGAUUGUGGACAACAAGGACGGCACGGUGACCGUGCGAUACGCCCCCACCGAGGUCGGCCUCCACGAGAUGCACAUCAAAUACAUGGGCAGCCACAUCCCCGAGAGCCCGCUCCAGUUCUACGUGAACUACCCCAACAGCGGAAGCGUGUCUGCCUACGGCCCCGGCCUGGUGUACGGAGUGGCCAACAAAACCGCCACCUUCACCAUUGUCACCGAGGACGCGGGAGAAGGGGGUCUGGACCUGGCUAUCGAGGGCCCCUCGAAGGCCGAAAUCAGCUGCAUCGACAACAAAGAUGGGACGUGCACGGUGACCUACCUGCCCACCCUGCCGGGCGACUACAGCAUCCUGGUCAAGUACAACGACAAGCACAUCCCCGGCAGUCCCUUCACGGCCAAGAUCACAGACGACAGCAGACGCUGCUCGCAGGUGAAGCUGGGCUCUGCGGCUGACUUCCUGCUCGACAUCAGUGAGACUGACCUCAGCACCCUGACGGCCAGCAUCAAGGCCCCGUCGGGACGGGAUGAGCCCUGCCUCCUCAAGAGGCUGCCCAAUAACCACAUCGGCAUAUCCUUCAUCCCCCGGGAAGUGGGCGAGCAUCUGGUCAGCAUCAAGAAGAACGGCAGCCACGUGGCCAACAGCCCCGUGUCCAUCAUGGUGGUCCAGUCUGAGAUCGGCGAUGCCCGCCGGGCCAAAGUCUACGGCCGAGGCUUGUCAGAAGGCCGCACCUUCGAGAUGUCCGACUUCAUUGUGGACACGAGGGAUGCAGAAAUCAGCAGCAGCGACAUGUCGGCCCAAGUGACCAGCCCCUCAGGCCGCGUGACCGAGGCAGAGAUCGUACCCGUGGGGAAGAACUCACACUGCGUCCGCUUUGUGCCCCAGGAGAUGGGCGUUCACACGGUCAGCGUCAAGUACCGUGGCCAGCACGUCACAGGCAGCCCCUUCCAGUUCACCGUGGGGCCACUCGGGGAAGGGGGUGCCCACAAGGUCCGGGCAGGAGGCCCCGGCCUGGAGCGGGGAGAAGCAGGAGUGCCCGCCGAGUUCAGCAUCUGGACCCGAGAAGCCGGUGCGGGGGGCCUGUCCAUCGCCGUGGAGGGCCCCAGCAAGGCCGAGAUCACAUUUGAUGACCACAAGAACGGAUCCUGCGGCGUGUCUUACAUUGCCCAAGAGCCUGGUAACUACGAGGUGUCUGUCAAGUUCAACGAUGAGCACAUUCCUGAGAGCCCCUACCUGGUGCCCAUCAUCGCGCCCUCCGACGACGCCCGCCGCCUCACUGUUAUGAGCCUUCAGGAAUCCGGAUUAAAAGUUAACCAGCCAGCAUCCUUUGCUAUAAGGUUGAAUGGGGCAAAGGGCAAGAUCGAUGCCAAGGUGCACAGCCCCUCGGGAGCCGUGGAAGAGUGCCACGUGUCUGAACUGGAGCCAGACAAGUAUGCCGUUCGCUUCAUCCCCCACGAGAACGGAAUCCACACGAUCGACGUCAAGUUCAACGGGAGCCACGUGGUUGGAAGCCCCUUCAAAGUGCGUGUCGGGGAGCCUGGACAAGCGGGGAACCCCGCCCUGGUGUCUGCUUAUGGCGCGGGGCUCGAGGGCGGCACCACAGGCAUCCAGUCUGAAUUUUUCAUCAACACUACCCGCGCGGGGCCGGGAACACUGUCAGUCACCAUUGAAGGCCCGUCCAAGGUCAAGAUGGAUUGCCAGGAGACCCCAGAGGGGUACAAAGUCAUGUACACUCCCAUGGCUCCCGGCAGCUACCUGAUCGGUGUUAAAUAUGGUGGGCCUAACCACAUUGUGGGCAGCCCUUUCAAGGCCAAGGUGACAGGUCAACGUCUGGUCAGCCCCGGAUCAACCAAUGAGACUUCAUCCAUCCUGGUGGAAUCGGUGACCAGGUCUUCCACAGAGACCUGCUACAGCGCCAUCCCCAAAGCCUCUUCAGACGCCAGCAAGGUCACCUCAAAGGGCGCAGGGCUCCUGAAGGCCUUUGUGGGCCAGAAGAGCUCCUUCCUGGUGGACUGCAGCCAAGCUGGUUCCAACAUGCUGCUGAUCGGGGUCCACGGGCCCACCACACCCUGUGAAGAGGUCUCCAUGAAGCACGUGGGAAAUCAGCAAUACAACGUCACAUACGUAGUCAAGGAGAAGGGCGACUACGUGCUGGCUGUGAAGUGGGGGGAGGAGCACAUCCCAGGCAGCCCCUUCCACGUCUCAGUGCCAUAAAACGGGCCCCCGCAAAUCUGAGGGAUGGCGCUCUGGAGGCCGCUUCUUUGCUUGUUCGUAAAUCGCUGGAUACAGAGUUCCCCCGGCCUGCGUGUGGGUCUGGCGCCCCUUCCCUCACAUCUCCAUUCUAAAGUGCCUUCAGGAGGACGGAUGGUCUAGACUUGAUUCUGUCGGGGAGGGGGGCAUCUUGGAGAACCCAAAGACACAUAAACUCAAAAUGGUCUUAAGAAAAUUCCGUGUGCCCGUGAUCCAAAUCGGACCUCUUGGUGGCAGACCGAGGAUGUGGACAGGGACGUGGGUGAUUUUUUUUAUAUAUAAAUGAAAUUGGCUAGCCUAA